CUGCCCACCGUGUUGUUUGAAGCUUUUUAGUUGGAAGCAGAGAUUCUCCACGACAGUACGGAGUCCACUAAAAGAAGUACCCAGCCUCUAAGCACACCGCGAAGGGUUAGCUGUGAAGACUUUUCGAAGUUGACUGGGAGAAAACGCUGAAAGAUGUGGGCUCGGAUACUGGUUCGGAGCGGGGCGGUGGGGUCGGUGGUGCGGGUUCCGAGCGAGUGUGCGCGGGUCGCUGGAGCUGCAGGGGGGCUGCAGCCCCAUCACAGGCAUGCUUCAACAUCAGAGGCGCCCUUGAAGCAGACGGUGCUGUACGACUUCCACCGGUCCCAGGGAGGUAAGAUGGUGGGCUUUGCCGGCUGGAGCAUGCCUGUUCAGUACAAGGACAGCCACAUCGCCUCCCACAUGCACACCAGGGAGCACUGCUCCAUCUUCGACGUCAGCCACAUGCUGCAGUCCAAAGUGCACGGCAAAGACAGGAUCAAGUUUAUGGAGUCAAUGGUGGUUGCAGAUAUUGCAGAACUGCAGGACAACCAGGGUACAUUGACCCUCUUCACCAAUGAGAAGGGAGGGAUCAUAGACGACCUCAUCGUCACCAAGACGGACCAGAACUACCUCUAUGUUGUGUCUAACGCUGGCUGCGCUGACAAGGACUCUGCGCUCAUGAAGUCCAGACUGGCUGAGUUCAAAGCAGCAGGUGCUGAUGUGGAUCUGGAGUUCCUUGACCAGGCUCUGAUUGCCGUGCAAGGCCCCUCCAUGGCUCGGGUGUUGCAGUCGGGGAUGAAAGAGGACCUCAGUAAGCUGACCUUCAUGACCUCGGCCCUGGCCACGGUGUUUGGCGUUCCGGACUGCAGGGUGACGCGCUGCGGGUACACGGGGGAGGACGGCGUAGAGAUCUCGGUUCCUCUGUCUCGUGUGGUGGAGCUUACGGAGAAGCUCUUAGCCAACAGUGAGGUCAGGUUAGCGGGCCUGGGCGCGAGGGACAGUCUAAGGCUGGAGGCGGGGCUAUGUCUCUAUGGCAACGACAUUGACGACACGACCACUCCUGUGGAGGCCACCUUAGUCUGGACCAUAGGCAAGCGCCGUCGCCAGGCCCGGGACUUCCCCGGCGCCGACGUCAUCGUCCCCCUGAUCAAGGCCAAGACGGCGAGGAAGAGGGUGGGGCUGGUGUCCACCGGGCCGCCGGUCAGGCCGCACACCCCCAUUCUGGGGCCCGACGGGAAGGUCAUAGGUGAGGUGACCAGUGGCUGCCCCUCCCCCUGCAUGAAGAAGAACGUCGCCAUGGGCUACGUGGAGGCGGCGUUCGCCAAGAACGGCACCGCGGUGCAGGUGGAGGUGAGGAAGAAGGCGGUGCCCGCUGUCAUCAGCAAGAUGCCCUUCGUCCCCACCAACUACUACUCUGGAAACUAAAGCAAACGCAUACAAACUCUUAUAUGUAUAAAUACAAACACACACGCACACACACGUUCUUUCCUCGCUGGAAUAGUCGCCAAUGCUGCCCCCUUGUGUUGUCUUCUGGAAAUGCAAGUUGGAUUCAACACCCAUGGGUUGGAAUGGACUCACGACUGCCAGGAUUCCAUGAAAGAACAUUCAGAUGAAUCCCACUUUACAUCUUUAUUCGCACAAUCAACAAUCAAACUGAAGUCACUGAAGAUCUUAAAAGGACAUGAGCAAGUAAACAUCAUAGAAAUGAAACAUUGAUGGACUGAACAUCUGCAUGCUAAAAAAAGGUCCUCUAGAGACGUCAUGCUCCUAUGCAUAUUUAAUUAAAUGAGACUAUUGGGGAGUGGGGAGAAUCGCCCCUUCACACAUUACCUCUCACUUAAGUUAAACUGCCUCUAUUGACAAGAUGGUUUACGUUUUGUUUGGAAGUUUGAAAAAAUGACUAACUCAAGCAGUGUAGGAUAUGGAGCACUAUGAUGCAACAUAUGUCUAACAUGCACUCACCUUUAACUUAUGGUGAGGAAUCAUGCAGUGUAAUGUUUACUAAUGAAAGUUUAACAGAAAACGAAUGAAGGAAAAUAAAUGUUGUAUUUUUAUUGUAUUCACCGUAAUUUUCCCUGCUUUUUUUUUUUUACAAAUCUGCAUUGUUUUUUUUCUGAAAAGUGAUCAGCUAAUAAGGGACCAAACUUCAACUAACAAUUAAGGAAACAUGUUUUUAUGGUUUCAUUUAACCAAACUAAUGGUUUAAGUCUAGACUGCUGGGAAAACAUUUCAUUGUAUCGGUGUGCCUGCAGAUAAAAAGUGUCAUUGUGCAUUCCUACUGUAGUGUAUCCUUAUUGUGUUGUUAAUGCUAAAUGUUAUGAAAUUGAAUAACAAAGUUCGAUUUUUUUAAUACCAAUUAGACAAUUGUCUCUGGGUCAACCAGCUCCAUCUCUAAUGUAAAGGUUUGUAACUCGGCAAUAAUAAAUGUCUAAAGUAUGUAAUUUUGUAUGUUAAAAUACAUAACUUGAAUAAAAAUGUUUAACAAUAUUUAA